AUGAUGGUUUCUACCCGUAAUCAUACUCAGCGGACUAAGAGCAAGGUUUACCAACACUUUGGCGUUCCAUACCAGCCUGGAACACGCCUGCCCGGCGAGGACCCAAGGGGCCGCCCUCGGCUCGUCGAAACCAAGGAUAUCAACGAGAUGGAGAGGAUCAUUGAAGACCAAGAUGUCUACGGAAGGACUAUGUCUUGGGAGGCCUUAGGGUAUGAGGCUGGUCUAGACGUAUCCGGGCGUACGAUUGAACGGGCUAUGGGCACGAAAGAUUACCACAGAUGCGUCGCAUGUAACAAGACGUGGAUCUCUCAAAAUCAGGCGAAAAAACGAGUCGAUUGGGCUACUUUGAUGAAGGCCCGGUAUCCUACCAAGUAUGCCUGGCGGAAGGUCCGUUUUAGCGACGAGUCCCACGCUGGGCAUGGUCCGCAGGGAAAGUUGAUAAUCAUUCGACGAAAGGGCGAACGGUAUUGCCCCAAAUGUGUACAACGCGAAAGAGACGUUAAAGAAGACGCCAAAAAGAAGGUACACGUUUGGGGGGCUGCAGGGUACGACUUCAAAUCAGACCUUAUAACGUACGAUGUACCGAGCAAUACCACAGGCAAGAUGAGCCAACGCGUAUAUAUCGAUUCUAUCCUGGAUCCCAUUAUCAAACCUUGGAUCCAGAACGGUCACGAUUUCGUAUUAGAAGAGGACCAAGUCUCCGGCCAUGGGCCCGCACGGAGUAAGGGAAAUAUCGUGAAGGAAUGGAAGGCUCAAAACGGUCUGAAACACUACUUCAAUUGCGCCUCAUCUCCGGAUCUCGCGAUCAUCGAGAACUGUUUCCAACCGAUGAAGCAACACAUACGUAAAUAUACCCAUUGGGAGCCCGAAGAGACGCUACAGCUUCUAAAAGAAGGAAGGGUCGAUAUUAAGCAGGAAUGUAUCAAUUCCCGCGUUGAUUCUAUGCCUGAAAGGCUUCAGGCCGUGAUAGACGUAGAGGGAUAG